AUUAAAAUUUUAGGUGCCUGAUAUUGUUUAAAUUGUACCUAACAUAUGUUCAGCAAACUAAGAAGCUUUUCAGCACUGUUGGUUUGGCGCUCUGUCUGUGGUCACUUUGCUCGUCGUGCAAAUCCAUUCCGGAUAAAAUGGACAUUGGGGCGUAUAUAUUGAGUGAAUAUAUUCCCGCCAAGCCGCUGGUCGGUAAUCUGGAGGUGUCAUUCACCGGGGAAGAAAAGACACCUACUGAAGCAUGUGCCCAACUGAGAUGCGGUGAUGGCUUAAAGUUUCCGUUUUGCCGUCCAGAUUUUCAGCCUAAGGCAGCGGUGAUAAAGGGGAGCAAGGUGCUCGUGGUUGCUGAUAAGAAAACGGAAACAAAACGCGUGGUGGAGCUGACCCUGGAAUCCUCGUUUGACUACCAACCCGGAGACACCAUCGCCAUUCUGCCCAGCAAUAGCACGAAACUUGUGGAUAAGCUGAUUAAUCGGCUGGAGCUGAAUAACAAGGCAGACGUCACAUGCCAUUUAAAGUUGGUCCUAAACUGUGCCAAGAAAAACGCCAAAUUACCGGCACACAUUCCGUCAGAGACAACUCCGCGUGAGAUAUUUACGCACUGCCUGUCCCUUAACUUCGUUCCGCAGAAGCAGCUCCUUAGCGCCCUGGCUGGAUUUACAAGCGAUGAACAGGAGCGCAAAUUUCUGGCCUGUAUGUCCUCCAAACAGGCUACUGAGCACUACAAUUCCCUUGUCCUAGUACAGGGUCUGCUCUUUGUGGACAUACUUGAGCUAUGCUGCAGUUGUAAGCCACCUCUUGCCUUUCUGGCGGAGCACUUACCUCGCCUAGUGCCACGACCCUAUUCGAUAGCGAACAGUCCUUUGGAAUCCGGUAACCAGGAGCUCCGGAUUGUCUACUCCCUGCUCAGCGAGAAGCAUGGAGUCACAACCAGCAUGUUGGAGGAAAAGAUUCACCAAAUAAGUCCGGAGCAGAUCGCUAAAGUGGCCAUUUAUCCGCGACUAAGCAAUGCAUUUCGGUACACAGAACAAGAUCUAGGCAGCAACCAAAUCCUAGUUGCCGUUGGGACAGGUUUGGCGCCUUUUUUGGGCUUCCUAGCGCACAAAGAAAGGCUAAUAAGCCAACAACCGCAGCGGAAAAGUGGACAUUCCUGGCUUUAUAUUGGUGCCAAGACGGCAGAAGCCACUCUAAAGGAAGAUCAGCUGAAGGCCUGGCAGCAGUCCUCAGUGCUGGAGAGACUACGCAUGUGUCACUCCCGGGGAGAAACCCCUAGUUAUGUGCAACAAAUGAUGUUGGAGGAUGCCGAGGAGCUGGUAGGGUUCCUGCUAAAACCAGAUACUGUGUUGUACCUGUGUGCCGAUGGUGCAAAAAUUUCCCAGGCCAUUGCAAAUGGUUUACGUCUUUGCCUGCAGAAAGCUCUGCAUCUCACUGAGGAGGAAGCCUCAAGCCAGCUCAAGGAACUCAAGACUCAGGGCAAAUAUCGCGAGGACGUUUGGCUGUGAAAAGAAAACUGAGGAGCAGUCAAAAUAAUAGAACCUAUUCUAGACGAUUGUAUAGUUAAAUCUUUUAGACCUCUUCUCAUUUAGUUGCUUGCACUUUUUCUCGAAAGCAUAGCAUCCCUUUUGAAUUUUGAAUGUGUUUUGUUUUUCUUUUAUAUUUAGACCCAAUUUAAUUUAAUCACAUUGAUUUGUAAAUGUUCUGUAAGUAUACUGAAUAAAUAUUUGUGUAUCAUUAA